UCGCUCGAAUAAACAUAAUUAGGAAUAAAUCGCGUCAAAUUCCACGCAUGCCUUUGAUUGAACACGCUACGUUGGAUCCGACCUGCCGAUUGGUUCGUUCCGUAGCAAAGCGGCAAGGAAAUAGGUUCUGGGGUGGGCUUAAAACGACAUUGAACUUCACAGUCUGUCACAAAUACGACGAACGGUAUAUGCUCUGGAGCUCAACAAGAAACCAGGAAAAACAACGAUGAAGAUAUUUAACUCAAUAUGCAUCUCCUUGUUCUACGUGUUUUUAACGUGCAAAUGCUCUCCGCUUGCGAGUACCUCUCCCGAAAAAGGAUUGCAAAAGAGAAGAUUUCGACCGAAAUUAGAUUUGAGAUGCACCCCACGACUCGAGGGUGACAUGAGAUUCUCUUCUGGCGAAGUUCAAGUUUGCAAAUCACGACAAUGGACGUCCCUGUCCAAUCUAAUAAACUCGGUUCCUGUAAAAAAGAGUAGUUUACCAAAGUCGUGUCUUGAUGCUAAACUACAACGUAUGGAUAAGGGCAAGGGAAAUGGUCUUUACUGGAUCAACCCCUCCGGGAAGGACGAUCUUGCUAAUGCAUAUGUUGUAUAUUGUGACAUGAAUGUCGCGGGGGGUGGUUGGACCCUUGUUGCAAAGAUCACCAAUGAUUAUGCGUGGAUAUGUCCCGAGCGUAAAGGAGCGAGUUGCUUUGGAUCGAACGCAGAUAAGUUGCGAGCGAAUUUGUUUCAUCCGUCACACGCGAGAGAUUAUGUUGACCUGAGGAUUUCUAGUGACGAGAACUCAGGAAUUCACCUGAAGAAGACGAUUACAAGAAAACUUUUUGAAGAUGGUCUUCAGUCAAUACGGUUCACGUUUGUGACUGCAGAUAACGGUUGGACUCAAGUGAAGAUGCGUAUGCCGCAUUUAAUAAAGAGAAAAAGAACAGUUUGUUUCUCACGGGAGGCUGGUCCGAGUACAGCACUCAACAAGGAGAUUAUACAUGGAACGUUAUCAAACAAGAGAGAAAAGAAUUCAAAUUUACAGGUAGCACACUUUGUUGGGGAGACAACGUUAACGCAUCUUAUCGUUUUUACGAACAUGGCCUUCAUUUUGGCAGUCCUUCACUGGGGAAGAAACGUUGUCAUCUUGCGAAUGAUGAGAACGAAGUAAUGCUGAAAAGUCAUUACACUGUUAUGGAAGACGGCACGACCAACAUGCGAUGGGAUCGAGCCCAGUUUGGCUUUUUGAAAUCGACAUUUUUACAAGUUCCUUGUAAGCGUAUUGCAGUAUGGAUAAGAUGAAAACUGCUGUAUGUGAAUAAAAGCCAGGAAAACAGCAAGAAACAUUUUCGACGAUAUUUAAUGCCGUAUCUGCCGAGAAACAUUGUAAUUAGAUAAGUGUGACGCAGUUAAUGACGUGUGUGUGCAUUGUGUUGUCAUUGACGUCAUUAAGAGUUGAUAUUGGU